AUGUGCUCGGCCCGGGAGCUCCAUGGAGGCGGGGGUGGCAGCGACAAGAGCUUUGGCGACGGCGGGGCACGCAACGAGGACGGAGAGGCGCUGGCCGAGCAGGCGGCGGUGGGGACCGAGUGGGAGCCCGGGGCGAGCCCGCGGCAGUGCGGGCGGCGGCGGCCGCCAGAGAAGCUCGAGCAGGAUAGUGAAGAAUCACAGAAUGCGCCUGGCGAUCCUGUUGGAGAUGACUACAAAAAGAUGGGAACGCUUUUUGGUGAAUUGAACAAAGGCCUCAUCAACAUGGGCUUUACUAGGAUGUAUUUUGGAGAACGAAUUGUGGAACCAGUGGUGGUCAUUUUCUUUUGGGUUAUGCUGUGGUUCCUUGGCCUACAAGCCCUUGGACUAGUUGCUGUUCUUUGCCUUGUCAUUAUUUAUGUACAACAUUAAAAUAUGGCUGAAUGAGCUAUUGGUUAACAUUUAGUUGCCAUAUAUAUAAUGAGUAAAGUUAUAUAUUUUACUACAUGAAAGCCAAAAAGUUUGCCUUGUUUCAAAUUGUGUGCUGUUUUGUAAUAUAAGUGAAUGUUGUUUAAAAUAAAACUCAACUCUUGAUUAUAACAGGGUUCAAUAUACAUUUUGUAGCUUAUUCAAAACUUGUUUUAAUAUUAUAAGCUGUGCCCAUGUUUAAAUACUGCUAUUCCCAUGCCAAAUCUUAAAUAACACCACCAAGUGAGCAGGGAAAAUAACAGGAUAUGGAAUUCAAACUGGGCAAUAUAGGUCUUAUAAAGUGAGAUAUUUCCAGAGAAAAACAAUGAAACAAUGAGCUAAAAUGUUUUACUUGGGGAAUUUCUCUCCACCCAUCCCCAUCAAAUAACUCCACAUUAUUUGGGAAAAAAUUUGGAUUCCUAUUGUCCCUGCUCAGCCCAAAGGAAUGUAAAUGAUAAUUACUGUACACUAUCUUACUAUUUUGAUGAAAAUCAGUAAACCUAACACAUCUUCUAAAGAUUGAAAAUAAUACAUUUAUUAUUGCUUGGGACACUUCCCAAGUUAAAUAUAACUUUUUUAAUAAUGAAAUGCUUGGGCCUGGAAUCAUUUUAGUGUAUCAUUUAAUGUUUUAUAUAAUUUCGGUGCUAAUUAUUUUUUGUGAAUUUUUAAAGUCUCAUAAACCAGACCCAUAGUUGUUUGUACCCCAGGAUAAUGCUAUAUUUUCUUGUAUCUGACAAGUUGCAUAUUUUUUUCCUAGAGACAUUUUCCAUUUAUUUUUUUUUAAAAUGUAUAUUUU